AUGUCUCAACGUCGAAAAGGAUAUCAUCCAGGAGGGAAAAGACAAAAACAACCAAAGGUGUGUGUUUUCAUCAUACUCCCUCCUGAAAUGUUUAUCAAUGUUUGUCAAUAUCUACCUCCAAAAGACUUAUUAUCACUAGCUCGAGUUUGUAAAAGAUUUAAUGGCUAUUUAAGUGCAGAGACUUCUACAACAACUCAGGAAAUUUGGCGUGCAUCAAGAACUUCUUAUUUACCUUAUUUACAAAUGUCUCCACCCGAAGGGAUGACUGAAAGGCAAUAUGUUAAAUUGGUUUUAGAACGUGGUUGUCAAUUUUGUGAUAGAUCAAAAAUUCGUAAAGUUUAUUGGGAAUUUUUUGUACGGUCUUGUGAGGAUUGUUUGAAAGAUAGAAUACAAAGGAAAGAAGAUCUCCUUCCAGAAUUUAUGAAUGAUGGUCGUUCUUCUGAUGAUGUUAUUGCUGGUUUAACUUAUAUACCAUCUUGGGUUAGACGUUCAUAUUAUAUGAGGAAUUCAAGAAUGUGUCCGUCAAGCCUUUAUUGGAUUGAUGAUAUUAUUAAAACGGUUGAGGAAUAUCAAAAUCUUCCAUUACAUGCCAGGAAUGACUGGAUAAAACAAAAAAAAGAAGAAGGUAUGGCAAAGAUGAGAGAAGUAAAUCAACGUAGAUUGGAUUAUGAUAGAGGAAUGAGAGAAUUAGUUCAACAAAAUUCGGCAAAAAAGAAUGAAAGAUCUCGUUUAAUUAAAUCAAGGAUACAAACCAUGAAGAAUGAAAAAAAUUCCAACAAUUGUUUAAAGUAUGAUAGUAAUAUACUUGAAGAAUGUCCAACAUAUUUGAAUCAUAUGUUUAUGCAGAUCCGUCAAUCUCCACAACCUUUCACUGAAAGAUCUUGGGUACUUUUGAAAAAGAAAUUAUUAAGAGAAUAUGAAGAAAGACGUACUACAAAAAGGCAAGAACGUCAAAAUAAAGAAAGACUUUGGCCUAGGAGUAUUGUUGUUCAAAUGAGACAAUAUGAUAUUUAUCAACUUGCGAAAAAUUGGUUACCUGAUUCCAGUUUGGAAGACACUACUGCUGAUUCCGCUGAUUCAAAUAUGAAUGUUAAUAUGAAUAAUUCUAAUUCAACACAAGAUACUUUUAAAAAAUCCGAAAUGAAGACGACAACGGACGUUACAGUUAUGGAUAUUGAAAACUCAGAUUCUGACAAUGUACCCAUAAAUAUCACUAAUAGUAAUGGUAUAUCAAUCUCUGAUAUCCUUAACACCGACGUUAACGAUAACGAUAACAUCGUUGAUCUUACCGUUGAAUCUGAUAAAGAAGUUAUUGAUCUUACUGAUGAAUCCGAAACAAAUCUUACCAUAAAAGAGAAAUCCGAAUUAUCACAGGAUAUAAUUUCAAUACAAACUUAUAAUUCUUCGUUAAUAACAUUGCCUCCAAUUUCAUUACUACCACCAAUUCAACCGUUAGAUCUUAAUUAUAUUACUUUUCCAAAUUUAUAUACUCAACCAUUAACGUUAAAUGAUUAUGGAUUAUCUUUUCCUUCAAAUGAUACGAAUUUUCAACAAUCAAUAUUUGAUUGGAGUGAUUGGUUUAUUGAAGAUACAUUUUUUACUUCAUACGUGGAUGAUGAUAAUAUUAAUAAUAUGCAAAAUCUUUUAAUAAACAAAUAUCUUCCUUGGUGUCCAUCUUUUCGAAAUCCUCCAUUUCACGAUAAUAAUCCUUACAAUCUAUGGGAUGAAGAAUUUUUAAUGAGUACUCUUAUGCCAAAAAUUUGGAAUGAAGCAAAAGAAUUACAUAAAAAAUCAAAUGACGUUGUAACAAACGUACAAGGAGCUGUAUUAGGAGGUUAUAAGGAAUAUAAUAUAUUUAAAUGUAAGAUUUGUAAGUUAAAAGGUGAUAAUUAUGAAGAAACUUCUUAUUUAGAUGUUAGAAGACAUUUACAAAUUUUACAUUUAGGACAUGAUAUUUAUCAUUUAGAUGAUGAAGAAAUGAUUGAUGUUGAUGUUUGUGCAACAUCUUUUAAUAAGGGAAUUUCUCUUGAUAACAUAGGAUAUAAUGAUACCAGAAAUUUUUUAUUUUCGAUUGGUUACAAUUUCAAUUUAUUAAAUGAUUUGGUUAAAUUCUGA